AUGACAAGAGAGAUGAAUAGAAAUCAAUCGAAUCCACUAAUUAACGACAGUGAUCGCCCUCGUACGAAUCUUCCCUACGCUCGUUCUAGUUUGAUUCAACACAUAAAAACAAAAUGGCUUUCGACAGCCAUAGGUUUAAUAGGUUUGAUAAGUUCAUUGGUGUUGAUCAUAGGAAAUGAAGCAAAAGCAGUUAAAAUAAGUAAAGUAUUAGAAAAUACAAUUUCAUCAGUUGUGACAGUCUCACCAGAAUCAGACAUUGAUAAAUCGCACAUUGGAAAACUCAUUUACAUCACUGGAUUCAUGUCGAUUCAUGAACCAUUGACAGAAGUCGAUUAUGGUAUAUCAGUAAUGGCUGUUAAAUUAUUGAGACAAGUACAAAUGUAUCAGUGGGUCGAAAGCGAACAUGACACAAUAGAUGGAGAUGGUAAUACAAUCAGUUCUUCCUAUAAUUAUUAUAAAGAAUGGCAAAAUUAUUUAAUCGAUUCAUCUAGAUUUCACUAUUCGUCAAGUCAUAGAAAUCCAAAAGAAUUUCCAAUCAAACGUUUGACACAAAUCAAUGACAAUGUUAAAAUAGGUAAAUACAAUUUGGGUUUGGAAUUGAAGAAAAAAUUUAAAGAUUUCGUGGCGAUAACGAGCGACGAGAGACCAGAGAGAAAAGAUAUAAAAUUACAUUCGGGAAUGUAUUAUCAUUGCGACAACAUAUGGGAACCUCAGAUAGGUGAUGUUAGAAUACAAUUUUUCUAUGCUGGUCACCACGAUCAAAUCGUCACCAUCGUCGCGCGACUCGAUGACACUCUCACGCUCUUACCCUACAUCUACGACAAUAAAGAAAUAUUAUUUUUAAAAAUCGGUUCGUAUAGCCUGGAAGAAAUGUUUGCCAUUGCUCAUUCUCAUAAUAAAUUUCAAACUUGGAUGUUUAGAGUUGCCGGAUGGUUUCUAUUGUAUCUCUCCUGCAUGAGUUUGGGAACUUUUCUUCAAAUAAUAUUAACUUAUUCUGAAUUUUUACAAGAAAUCCUUCCUCUGACUCAUUCAUCCAUGAAAAUGACUGUUUCAAUGUGCCUGUCAUUACUUUUCACAGCACUCUCUUGGGUUUGGUACAGACCCAUUUUAGGUGUUGGUAUGAUAUUCGUAACAAUACCAUUAUUGUUCUUAAUUAAAUUUUUUUCUAAUCCUGGAACAGUUCAACAUUAUAACAGGUUGUAA